GCAGAGGCGUUGGGUUGUUCUUAAACAUGGUCGGCUGAACACCUUUCAGGACGAGGCCUGCUUGUCGCCCAAAGCCGCGUUCGAGCUGAACGCGGGCAGCAAAGUCGUGCCCUUCAAGGCGCCGGGUGCUCCGGGACAGUCGGUGUUGUACAGCCGAACAAGACCUUUCGGCUUUGUGCUGGACCUCGAGCCGCAGGCGGGAAAGUCGCGGUGGAUGGUGUACUUCGAUACGUUGCAGCCGGAUGAACUUGAUCGAUGGACGCAGGCCAUCGAGGGCAGCGUGCAGAACUUGGAAGCGCGCGUGCAGAGCUCCCCCGGCCUUUCAGGACACCUUGCGAAGCAAGUCCCCAGGAUGGCUGCAGAGAAGCAGGGUGAGGACUCUGCAG